ACUUAUCCUAAAAGUACUUCUACUUCAUUGUGGUAUUCAAAUACUAGAUGUGCAGAUGCUUUUUAGACAAAAUCUUUAAAAUGGCCGCGGUGUACUUACUAACUUUCUUUGUCCUGCUUGGUGUUGGUAUUACUUGCGGUCAAAAAACAACUAACGCCACUGAUCAGAAAACUGCAUCCGACCUGCAGAAUAGAGUGUUCUUACUUGAAAAAGCUAUUGGGAAAAUCCUUACCGGGAAUGAGCACGCAAAUCUUACAAAUAUCAGUGUCUUGAAGAUUCCAAGGGGAGUCUUUGGCAUUCCCAUCUUUAACGGCACACCGGUAGCUUUCAGUGCCACUCAGUCUGUAUCAAAAAGUGGAAUAAGCAUUGGAUUCAUUCUGAAGUUUGAUAAAGUUAUCACAAACCUAGGAAACCACUACAACCCGACAGACGGGAUCUUCAUCGCACCUGUUCACGGACUCUACAUGUUUCACUGGACCAUGCACUGUUACCAUAGCGGAAGUAGUUCCUGUUCCACUUCAUUAAGAGUUAACAAUGCUAAAAAGGGUCAAAUAUAUUCUGGAGAAAAUGCAAGCAGUUACCAUCACACCGGAUCAAACACAGUGAUUGUGGAAGUUCAGGCAGGAAAUCAUGUGUGGAUUCAAACCGAGGACUGGGGAAAUGUCGACAUCUAUAAUUGGUCUAGCUUCUCUGGUAGUCUUCUUUCCGUGAUGUAGACCGUAUGCUUAAACGUUGAAGUGUGCUUUUGUUGACAUCAUUUUUGCUGUAUUACAUGUAUGUCAAACGCAAACAUGUGCGGAAGCGCGUCAUUCAAAGAUUAAGGUACACUUAAGGUCAGAAGUUGGUCGUUAUUCAUCUCCAGUAUAUACAUUUUCUAUAAAUAGCAAUUUUAUGAUUGUAUCCCAGUUCUUAAAAUUUACAUGUACGUCUUAGAAAUAACGGUUUGUUUUCAUGAAAAGAUGUUGAUAAUGCAUUUUGGCGUUGUACUUGAUUACGACGUAACGUAAAAACUCUUUUGAAAGUAUAUAUAUAUAUAUAUAUAUAUAUAUAUAUAUAUAUAUAUAUAUACAAAGCACUAAAAUGACCAACGACACGAACAACGAGAUUGUCAAAUUUUCGGGACGACCCGUCCCUUCUUCAGGACAAACGAAAACAAUUACAUAAUGUGGUCAAUAUCAACAGAGCAUAAUAACAAAAACUACUUAUAAAUACAUCUAGCACUACAACUACACUAAUCUACAAACGUAUUUACAACGCAGACUACAUGUUGUUGGUCUUUAGGCUUGCCAAUCAAUGUUAAAAGUGGAGCGAAUUAGCACAUGCCUUAUUCGUCCAAAGAGCUGAUCCAAAAAAAAAUAAUAUAUAUAUAUAUAUAUGCUUAACGUCUCACUUGAGAAUUUUUCAGUCAUUUGGAUUGGAAGUAUAUGCAUCUUUCAUCACCGUAGUCAAACGUCAUCAUGAUACAACCAUACGUGGGCGAGAUAAAAUCGUGUUUUCACGUAGAAUAUAACUAAUCUCUGCGACAAUUUACAAUAGACAGUAACGGUGUCCUUGAGCGAUUUUUAUCCGGCGUAGGCAUGUUUGUAUCCUGAUGUUUGGCUACGAUGAAUACGUAUACACUUUGUAUGUAUUUAUUUGCGCAAUCUGAUGCAUGACAUUGAAUAAAAAUAUUUACAUUGACGAA